GAAGAAACAAGAGAAGUGCGGGAGUAAACACCACGUAGAUGGUAGCAGACACUUGUGCCAGACAGCUGGUGGAGGCGGCUGGUGCCAGCAUGUGAGCAGCGCCACACACCAGGAGUCACCAGCGGUGAUGGUGGUAUGGCAAUGUUAUGCUACCUUAAGUAACGAUGGAGGCUGGUGACAUCAGGGUAAACAGAGACUCGGGAACAUUACACUCCACAGAUCUUGCCAGUCAGUACAAUAACAGAGAUUCCGAAGUUUUUGAUGUGGUGAUUGACCCUCUGACAGACUUUCAGAGGGUGCUUGAUCUGAACGACCAACAUAUAUCACCCCAGCAGUCCUAUAACUUGACGUCACUUGCCUCUUCAGACGACCUGUGCGAACACAUACACAACGAACAUACAGUUAACGACCUUACUCAGUAUAAAUCAGAAGCAUCACUAUUGCAGGAAAAAAGUGAAACCCCCUUCACACCAACUAGCUCUGCCCCUCCUAGCCGCACUCUACUCUACAAUAUCAUUGACUCUCAUCUCUGGAACAGUGAUGGGAGUUUAGCUAGUGGUAGUGGCAGAGGGAGUGGAGAGUGUAGCUUUAGUAGUAGUGGUGCUGGAAGCUGUAGUAACCAACAUCGCCUGAUAGUGGCCGAGGUUCAUCGCUUUGGGUAUCGGCCACCGUGCAUUGGUUCUCCUCAUGACCUAGCAACAUGUCCAGGUGUUGCUUCAGCUUCAACCCCACUUGAAGUUCAAAAGCCUGCCAAAUAUGCUCUGGGUAAAUCUUUCAAGUCUCUUGAUACUUGUGAUGCUCUGAAGGCACUGAAUCAAGCAUCCUCAGCUUUAGCUCUUACUGAAACUUUUAUAGGUCCACUGAGGAUUCCACCAGUUUCAAAAGAAGUCCUAAAUAAAGUUGUCUGCAACAUGGAGAAGAAAGUCAUAGUUCAGCUGCCUGUAAACACAGAAGCUUCUCAAGAUUUUGGUUGUGUAACACCAAGAGAGGCUGUAAACACACAACUCUCCAAUUAUACUUUAAAGAGACCAUUAUCAACAGUGACUUGUGCUGUUGAUGAAAGUCACAGUUCUGGAAGGGUUUUAGGAUCCUUACCAUCCGUUUUACAUGCAGGAGUUCAUCAAAGUCAUAACAAAACUCUCACUAAUGUCUGCAGUAGUACUGAGAGAAUGUACAACACUCAGCUUGUUAGCCCGACAGCAAAGGAUGUAAGAACAAGCCCUUCAAAUGUAGCACAACAAGAGAAUUUAUAUUUAUUAUCAGAGGGACAAAAAGUUACAUCACCACCCAUAAUGGAAGUUAGAUGUAAAAGUAGGGUUAUUACAGUUCCAGCAGGCAUGAGUGAUCAUGGGCCUGUUGAAGUAUACAAGGAAGUUCAUCAGUACCCUGCAAGUUCGAUCACAACUGUUGUAGAGAAACGCUCAUAUAUGGGUCAGACGCAGCAAAAUACAAAGCCACCUUCUGGUAAAUUGAAGCACAAGAAAAAUAGACACAAACUUAAGGAAAACCAAGAAAGUAAUCAUUAUGCCUCAAAGUCUUCUUUAGGCAGUGAAUCGUCUGCUUGUACAUCUGUAGCAAGUGACAAUACUAUCAUAUCUCAGAAUAGUUCUGAGCUUACUCCUAUUUCUCCUAGUAAAGCCUCUUCAUCAAAGACCAGUCUAAAUGACACACUAAAUGAUUCUGCUGCAGGACCUAUAUCUAGACCAGUUCUAUCAGCAGCAAUAAUGCAGAUGCGUCAAGCUUUAGAAUCGGUCUCCAACAUUUCUGACAAUCAUUCUGAUAGAUCUAGUGGUGGUAAUGAAGCUGCCUCCAACUUCUCUGACACCUCUUCUAAUUUAUCCACACUUUCUGAUCUCAGUGGAUAUGAGGAUGAAUAUAUCAAAAUCAAACGCCUUGUAUCAGAUGCAGUAAUACCAUCUGAGAAUUAUAAAAAAAUGAUUAACAAAAUAAGCAGUAAACCUUCCCUGUCAAAACCAGUGCCUUCUAUUGAUUAUGAAAAAGUAAUUCGUGACCUUCAAGCCCAGAAAGAAGACUUGGAGAUACAGCUCCAUCGGUUUUCAAUCCAGGUACAGAAUGCUGUACGAGAAAAAGAGCUGUACCAGCAACAACUCGAGUUAAUGCAAACUAAAGUUACAGAAACUAAUCAGAAACAGUAUUUUGAAGUUUUGAAACAUAGAGCUAAUUUAGAAGGACAAUUAGAACUUCUUAAGCAAGAAUUUGAAAACUCAGUUUAUGAGAAAAGUCAACUACAGACUAAAUUGUCAAACACACUGAAAGAGUGUGAAGUCUGUAAAAGUUUAGCCACAUCAGCAAAGGAAGCAGAGCUGCAAAUGAAGGCAAGAUUAAGUAAAUAUGAGGAAACGAAUAAACAGCUUGAGGAGAUAACAAAAGAAUUAGAAGGCAAGAUUGAAAGAAUUAGUAAAGAUUAUGAAAUAUCACAAAGAAAAAUCUUAGAUCAUGAAGGAAAAAAUGAACAGCUAGAGUUGUCUUUGGCACAAUUAAGAGACAGUGAAACCCAGAUGAUUGGAGAAAUAAAGAGCUUAAGAUCAUACAUAUCACAAAUGCAAACUGAAUGUCAAAGUAGGUCUGCAGCACAGACCCAGGCAGAGUCCGCUUUAAACAAAUCAUCAACUGAAUUGCAGACAUUGCAGACCUCAAAUGUAUGGUACCAGGAGCAACUACAAAUGGCUCAAGCUGCACGAUCAAGCUUACAGCAAGAGUUAUUAGAGGCACGAGCAAGUUUGGCUAGAGUUUCUUCAGAGAAGGAAACUCUUGAGACUAAAGUACAAACCUUAAUCCAUGAGGCUGAAGAUGGACAGGCAAGAGCAGUCAGAGAAAAAGCAACAUUAGUUGCACAUUUAGAAGCACUGCAAGCAGACAUGGCUGAACGAGAAGCUGUACUCUCUCAGUUGGAGCGUGAUCGUGGUAGCGAUACCAAGCUCAUGGAGGACAGACGACAGAGAUUAGAACAGGACCAUCACCGAAUACAUAAACUUCGCCUUGAUCUCUCUGAUGCAGAAAGACAUCUAGACUUUCUCAGGGAUGAUCUUAAGCAUAAAUGUACUCUUCUAACAAAAUAUGAGUGUGAGCUUAAAGAUUUAAGAACUUCUUCAGCUGUUAAUCAAGAAGUUCUUAGAGAGAGAGAUACUCGAAUUGAAAAUCUUGAAAAGACUUUACGAGAUAUGAAGUUGAAAGCAAAGGAUUAUCAAGAAGAAAUGAAAAAUAAAGACUUCCUGAUUACCACACUUAAGGAAGAAAAAUUGAAGCUUGAGAUUUCCCUUGCUGCUGCAAACAGUGAAAAGAAAGAAGUAGAUGAUGCAAUUGUAAAGGUGCGAGAAGAUAUGACGAAGCUUUCUUCAAGCUUUUACAGAAUGAAACAUGAUCUGGCUGCAAAAGAUCGGCAGAUUGAAGUACUUAUGAGAGACGCAAAGGAUAAUAGUGACACAAAACUAUCCUUAGAAAAGAAGCUGGAAGCAUUAGAAGUGAAAGUAAGAGAAGAUGAGGAGAAGAAGAGACUUGCUGAAGAGGUGGAAAGCCUGCAGUUCUCUCUCAAAGAGGUUGCUUCAGAAAAAGAGAAGUUGGAAAAAGAAUUGAAUUUCCUGAGGAAGACAUCCAAAGUAUUGGAGAUUGAAAAGAAGGGACUAAAUGAAGCUGUCCACUUAAGGGAAGAACAGAUUCAGAAUAUGCAAGGCAGUCUGGAAAGUUACAGAGAAGCUAUAUUAAAAAAAGAUGAGGAACUUUAUGUUAUCCAUGAACAGAAUUCAACAAUGGAGAAGACAUACAUAGAGUUGAGAAGAAAUUGGGAGAUCCUUAAGGAUGAAACAUUAGUCUUGAGGCAUGAUGCUGAAGCAUAUGCAGAGUUUGAGAAAUUACAGAAAAAGGAGAAGUUGGAUCUGAAAGAGAGCAUCCAAAAGGAACGUAAACUAAAGCAAAACCUUGAGAAGAAAAUUGAUACCUUGAUAAAGACACACGAUGAAGAAAAAUGUAAGAUGUUGCAGGAAAAAGAAAAUGCAAACACAAUGGUCAAUGAGCUGUCUAGGGAGCUUAAGGCAAUUAAGGAUGAGAAGAUAAAGAAUUAUGAAAGUCAGAUGGAUUUAGAGAGAAAGUGCAGUGAAUUACACAAAGAACUAAAAGUUGCACAAGAGGAAAAGGGAAGACUAGAAAUGAAGAUGACGGACAUUGUUAUGGAACUAGAUAGCUAUAAAUCAAACAUCACAAAUAAGAUGGAAACCAUUAAGUCUUUAGGAAUUACAGUUGAGACCACAUCCAAGAAGAAUGUUGAAAUAGAGGAGAAAUUAACAUCUUUGCAUAUUGAAAAAGAGAAAGAGGCUAUGGAGCUGCAUAAUACAUUGCAGGCUAGAUUAAAUGAAAUGGCAAAACUUAAGAAAAUGCAUAAAGACACUGAGGAUUCCUUAGCAAAACUGAAGCAGGAGAGGAAUAUGCUAUCUAGUCAAGUAAACACCUUGCUGGCUGAUAAUAAUCACUUAAAGAAAACUGUCAUUACCCAGGAAUCUUUGGUUAAAGAGAGUAAAACUUCAGGAGAACAUAAUAAUGGUUCAAAAAAAGUAGUCAAGAGUUCUGAGAGUUUGCAAAAGGAACUUGUAAGUUUGCAAUCAAGACUAUCUGAUUGUGAAGUCAAGUUGAAGGAAACAAUUAAACAAAAAGAGAGUUUGCAAUCUGCAAUGAAGAACGUCAAGAAAGAAAACUUUUUAAUGAAAGCCAAACUAAAGGAUUUAGACUUUCUGAAAAGACGAUGCAAGGAGCUUGAAUUAUCAGUUAAGGAUUCUAAAGAAUUUGAGUCUUUCAGAAUUAAGUUAAAAGAUUUGGAGUCAAAACUAAAUACUAAAUGUAAUGAGCUAUCUUCUCUUAACUUAUCUCUGAAGGAAAAAACAAGUCAUAUUCAAACUCUGAAACAGAGAGAACAGGAACUCUGUGCUCAAGCAGAAGUUUUACAUGCAGAUAAAAGAGAAAAAGCACAGAAAAUUUUAACCCUUGAAGAAAUACACGAAAGGGUACAUAAAGAACUCUCAAAUUGUCAACAACAACUGAAGAUAGCAGAGAAUGAGAGGGACGAGUGGAUGGCCAAGUACGAGAGUUUGAGAGACUUUAUUCCCGAAAGAGACACAAGCACUCAACCAGCAGUACAGUUAGAACCAUUAAAUCACCAGUCUUUCUCAAAUGGUCAAGAAUCUAUAUUAGUUUCAGGCACAAGUGACACUGCAGAAAAUGUAAUUGCAAACUCCAUGAGCAAUCUAAAUUUCUUUAGUGACACUUCACAAACCUCGGUCACAAAUGAUAUUCAGUUUGACAGGAUGAUGGCAGAUCUACAAGCACAAGUUAGCGUAACAUCAAAAGCUUUGCAAAACAAGGAAGAACAGAUUCAUGAUCUUCAGCAUCAGUUAAAAUCAAUUAAGCAAGAAGGGUUAGAUGUUGGCACUAGUUCCAGAGUAUCACAUGUGUGUUCUAAUGAAAUGGUUCCCGAAUCACUCCAUAAAAAACAAAUUAAUGAACUUCUUGAAAGGAUACAGCACUUGAAGUUAUCAUCCACUGCUUGUUAUAACUGCAAUAAUCAGCAGGAAACCCAGGCUACACGAGAAGGUUUAACUGAAAAUGAAUCGCUGAUAAAUAAAUUAAAAGACUUAGAAUCUAUAAUUGAUGCAAAGGAGGUUGAAUUACAAGAAAAACAAACAAAGAUAACUGUUGCAGCAAAGGAGUUUAGUGAGAAAAAACGACGCUAUGAAUCGAAUGUUCGACUGCUGACCAGGAAACUUAAAGAGCACAUGAAGGGAAGAAAGUCGGCAGAAAAGGAAAUGAAGGCACAAGCUGAAGAUCAUCAACAUUUGCUGAAUGAAGAACAACAAAGAUAUGCUGUGCUGAGAUGCAGAUGUAUGGAGUUGGAAGGACAGAGAGAAUCUCUUGAAGGUCAAGUUGCUGGUUUAGAAAGUGAAGUAGAGGAAGUACGUAAUGCAUUAGGACAUGCUCGUCAAGAGGCCUUUGACCAUCACAACAACACGCUUACAUUGCAGAAGGAGAUGGGACGACUACAGGAAAUAUGCAAGGCUGCUGACAAUUUACGACUAGAAGUGACCAAUCUGGAGGAGACUAUCAGACAUAAGGAUAAACAACUAAAGGAGUUAGAGAGGGAGUUAAAAUGUGCACAAGAGGAAGUGAAGGAAAUGCAAAAGAACUCUAUUUUACUCUCCUCAACUAUACAAGAGAUGAAGGACCAGAAUGAGCGUAUCCUACAUGAGAUGGAUACAGCAAAAAAUAAUCUCAUACUUGUAAAACAAGAAUUGAAAACUAAGGAAGAGGAAGUUGUGAGAGUUGAGGAGAGUGCACACCAGCUGCAGACUGUGAACACACAGCUCAGACUCUGUAUGACUGAAGCGGAUACUAAGUGCGAGACUCUGUCUGCUGAGAUGAAGCAGCUUAGGGAAGAAAAACAGGCAGUAAUAGAGGACAAUCAGAGAGCCAGAAUGCAUCUCCACGAGUCUCUAGCCAAAAUUGCUGCUCUGGAGAAUCAUAUUAAAGUGGUUGAAGGGGAAGUGAAGGUUGGCAAGGAGGAGGCAUGUCAACUUAAGGAGCAGUUGGUGACCAAGGAUUCCAGCCACAAGGUAAAAGUGACCCAGCUAGAACAAAGUGUGGCCCGGGCCAGACAAGAAGUGGUUGUACUAACCUCGCAGCUAGACCAAGUCCAGCAGGAGAGAGUUAGUUAUCAGACUCAAGCCACCGAACUGCGCACUGCUCUACACUCGACUCUGAGGCAGCUCAAGGCACAUCAAGAGGAGGAGGAAGCAAGAGCAGCUGAAGUUUCAACCAUUAAGUCAGAAUUAGGGGUCAUUCCUUCUCCAUCUCCACUGGAUCUAACUGCCUUAACCCAGCUGAUGGAGAGGUCUGCCCGUCCAAUGCGAUCUACUCUUCCACUUGCCAAUUUAGAAUCAUGUUUAUCAUCUCUCAAGGCAGAGGUUAAUAUGCUUCAGACUCGACUGCAGAAUAAGACCAAGGAAUUGGCUGAUGGAUUGAAUCCAGAUGCUGUAGCCAUGUCUGAAAGUGAGAGUGUAAUUCUUGAUGCAGCAUAAAAUUGUUCUAAGGAUGCCAACAGUACAGAGAUGGACAUCAUCUAACAUGUGGGAGUACAUAGCUGUCACAAAGUUUGUGGUAUCCAUUAAUUUAAGCUGGAAAAGUAGCAUUUAGGUAUGUGUUGGCAAAUUAUACUUUAUUACAAAAUUGUUUACCAUGAGCAUCAUUAUGAAAUGGAACAGGUCAAACUUCAAGACCCCUUAUAAUUUGUAUGAUUUUCAUGCAAAAAUAGGUUGUAUGUGAUAGUCUUUAUGUACUGUAUAUAUAAUGAAAAGUUGUUUGACAUUUAUUUGAUCUGUUAUAUAGUUAUAAACAAUUAUUUUCCUUAUAUAUUUAUCUAAUCAUUCGAAGUACACACAAUUAUAUCAUAAGCUUUAAUGUUACAUCUUGAUUUAUUAAAAACUAUAUAUUGUGAUACAGUACUACACAAAUAGUAAUAUUAUUGGGCAGUGUUUCAUGAUUUUUUGAAAAUUUAAACAUGAAAUAUUUUAUUAGAGGAUUAAUAUAGCACUUGAGGGUCAGUGUGUUUAGAAAUAGUAAUUCCCUACAGGUGUGGUUAUGCCAGAUGCUCUUGAGGAAAUGCCGUCUGCUCAAGAGUUUAACUCCUGUAAUGUGAUAUGAAUUAUGAAAGUUGCUAAAUUUUAUUAAAUUUGUUAAUGUUUUAUUUAAUUUUGUAUCUGUUAUGUUUAAUCAGAUUUUACAUCCUUCAUAUUGUAUGUAGCCGUGUGAUAUUGUACAUUUAGCCUGCUGUUAAUAGUUACUGUUUUCUCACAGGUUUAUCUACUAUUACAUUUUAUUACUGUAUUAUGUGUAUUUAUUAUAAUGAAAUUGGUAUAAAAAUUAUUUUUUUAACAAAAAAUUAGAGUAGCAAGCAUUACAGUAUUUGCAUUAGAGCAUUAAGUAGCCUAGCUAAUAAUAAAUCCAAGCACUAAAUGUGCAUGGGGGUGGGGAUGGAGAUACAGUAUCCACAUAUCCACCAGUCUCUGUGGUGUAGUGGUAAGACACUCGCCUGGCGUUCCGCGAGCGCUUUGUCAUGGGUUCGUAUCCUGGCCGGGGAGGAUUUACUGGGCGCAAAUCCUUGACUGUAGCCUCUGUUUAA